AUGGCGUCCCUGGACAGCUCCUCCCUCUGUUUGUCUCCCUGCAGUCUCCGCCUCCAGUCCGACUCGGUGCAGCGCUGGUUGGAGGACCUGCGUCACAUGACUGAGGUGGAGUGCAUGUGUGUGCUACAGGGGAAACCUCUGGGAGAAGAAGAAGAGCUGCUGCUGGGAGCAGACCCGCCCUGGCCAGCCCGCUCACACCUGCAGCUCCUCUUACGGCGCGCCCUGGUGGUGAGUUCGGAGCUCAGCAGGAUGUUCAGCCGUGUGGAGCGAGGCCGAUGGGGACGGACUCACAGCACCGCAGUUCGAGCACAAACUCACCUGAGGGGACUCCUGCUGCAGUACACCCAGGGCAGAGGCGUGCCAGAGCGUCUGCUACAGUACGAGAAAAUCCUCUUGGAGAAAAGUCAAGAGCUGACAUCCAUCACAGAGAGGUGUGUACAGACUGAGGACCAGAGUUUCCUGAAGGCGAGUCGUGACACAAUACAUCAGAUUCUGACCGACCUGAGCCAGGACUUCAGCACCAUGAUUGACCUGGCUCUGGCCAACGAGAUCCGGGUGCUGGUGGAGCAGGUGGAGCGCAGUUCUAAGCCAGAGACUGUAGAGGGCGCCAUCUCAUCUCUGCUCAGUCUGACACAGGACGGACCACAGCUCUGCAGCAUCAUCGCACAGGAGGGGGCAGUGGGGGCGCUCUUCAGACUCUGUAGACAGGAUGUCUUCACUGAGCUUUACGCGCCAGCUCUGCGGACCAUCGCCGCCCUCUGCUGCGAGGACGAGGGAGUGCAGCAACUGGACAAGGUGGACGGGCUCCUGGUGCUCUGUGACCUCCUGACCGAUGGAACGUGUCCAGAGGAAGUGAAAGCUGAGGCUGCGGCGGUUGUGGCUCAGCUGACAUCUCCUCACCACAGCUCCACAGGACACCUCCUCAGCUUCAUGGAGAACAUGCAGGAGAUUGUGAGCGCACUGAUCUGUCUCUGCUCCUCUGCCUCCUGUGGGGAGGUCUUUCUCCUGGCCUCUGCAGCUUUAGCAAACAUUACGUUCUUGGAUUCGUUGUCGUGUGAGCUGCUGCUUCAGACCAACGCUGUGGAGAUCCUCCUGAGAGCAACGAGAGACAAGAGCAGAGUGGACACGCCUUACUCCAGGGACCAGGUGGUGACAAUCUUGGCAAAUCUGUCGGUCCUGGAGCAGUGUUCUGAGCAGGUUCUGCAGGAACAAGGAGUGGAGGUGCUGCUGCAAUUCUUGUGCGAGCGCCCCUCCUCCUCCAGUCCAUCAGAGGGCGCUGCGUGCGAGCGCGUUCAGCAGAAAGCAGCAGUGACUCUGGCGCGACUGAGCCGCAACGCACAAGUUAGCUGCUGCGCCGUGCAGAACAACGCUGUUCCUCGUCUGAUUGAAUUGUGUCGCUCCCCAACUGAGAGAAACAACUCUGACUCAGUCCUGGUGGCCUGCCUGGCGGCGCUGCGGCGUCUGGCCUCAGUCUGUCCUGAGUCUCUUCAGAUCUCAGAUCAUCAGCAGCUCAUCGCUCCGAGACUUGUGGACUCGUUUCUGCUCUGCUCCAACAUGGAGGAAAGCUUUGUGUAG